AAAAAAGCCAAGAUGUACUUCAACGACCUGUGGAAUAUUUUAGACGUUCUGUCCAUCCUUCUCUUUGUUAUCGGCCUUGCAUUUAGGCUGACAACCAACUGUUCUAUGCAGGAAAAAACUCUCCUCUGCAUCGAUUUGUGGUCUUCUGCCUCCGUCUCAUGGCUAUUUUCACCAUCAGUAAAACCCUGGGACCCAAAUUAUCAUAGUCAGGAGGAUGAUGAUGGAUAUGUUCUCUUCAUGUUCCUGCUGAGUAUCUGGGUGGUUGCAUACGGUGUUGCCAAACAAGGCAUCCUCAUCCACAAUGACAAUAGGCUGGACUGGAUUCUCCGCGGGGCAAUUUAUGAGCCGUACCUCAUCAUAUUUGGGAAUUUUCCCACAAAUAUUGAUUAUGCUGCGUUUGACAUAAACUCCUGCAGCAUGAAUGGCACCGAUCCUCAGAAGCCCAAGUGUCCGGUGCUGAAUGAAAACCAAGCACCAGCUUUCCCUGAGUGGCUCACCAUCAUCAUGCUUUGUAUAUACUUGCUUGCCAACAUACUGCUGCUCAACCUGCUCAUAGCUAUCUUCAACUUUACAUUCCAGAAAGUUCAGGACAACACAGACAGAAUAUGGAAGUUUCAAAGAUACGAGCUAAUCAAGGAGUACCACAGCCGCCCUGCUGCCCCUCCUCCUUUCAUCAUCUUCAGCCAUCUUUACCUCUUCAUCAGGAACAUGUUGAUGUGCAGGCCCCCCAUCAUAAGUAAAGAGUUUAAGAGCGAGCUUCCUCAGAUGGAGGAAGAGGAGCUGACCUGGGAGGCCUUAAAGGACAGAUACCUGCUGUCCACACAGCAGGAGCAGAGCCAGAGCAUGGAGCGACGCAUCCUGGACACGGCUCAAAAGGUUACCACCAUAACCGAUCGAUUGGAGAGGGAAGAUGAAACGAGCUCUGCCGCCAUGGUGAAAAGACUGGCUCGACUAGAGGAGCAGGUCGUCCAGUCAGCCAAAGCCCUGCAAUGGAUUAUGGACAGUCUGAAAUGUCAGGGGUUUGCAGCAAAAGAAACACAACCCCCAACAUUAACUACAACAGACGAGUCCCCUGACAUUUAUACGACGGAGAAAGAAGAUGGGCUCCACGUGAAUGCCCGUCAACUUUACUACCCCAACAGCAAAAUCACACGCUUCCCUGUGCCUGACGAGAAUGUGCCAUGGAAGGUCAGAUUCAGUUUAUACAAUCCGGCUUAUUACGCCUCUGAAGACAGUGAGGACCAUGUAGAUGGAUCAGACUCGGAAGCCUUAUAUAAUUACAGAAACCCAGUAGGGAGGACAGGCAUCAGGGGACGAGGUGCACUAAACCACCUUGGUCCAAAUCUGAAUGCAGAAUAUGUGCUUACACGCUGGCGGGAUAGCGAGAGAUCUGUUUUGGAGUACCUGGUGGUUUGGGAUGAAAGCCAGGGAACCUUGACUUUACCUGGGGGACCUGUCCAAUCUGCCGAUCACAUGCCAGUGACUCUGAUUAGAACCAUGGGAAAGAAGCUGUAUGAAGAAGUAAAUGCAAAAGUAUCAGAGGGAACAAAGGUGUUUGAGGGCUAUGUGGAUGACUGCAGGAACACAGAUAACGCCUGGGUGGAAACCACCGUCCUCAACAUUCACCUGGACAGAAUGAGCCAGGUGAUGGAAGACAUCAACAGUAUGGUAGCGAGCAGCCAUGGCGCUCUUCAGUGGUGGGAGGUGAGCGGCAAAACCAGACUUAACUCAAACCAAAGAGAGUCUCUAAGGAAGGUUGCUGAGCUGCACAACAGGAAGUUUUGAUGUUCAACGAUGCUGUAGCUCUACACGUGCCUCUCCAUCCACAGGGUUCUUUCUGCCUGUUUGUGUGGCCUUUUGUUAAGGCUGAUUAAUUCUGUUGCACCGGAAGCACUUGAAUCAAGACACCAUAAACCCACGAUGUAUGCUGCUGUGAAUUAUUUUUAACAAUAUGCCCAAAUUCCAUAGGACAGUAACCUGAAUGUUUAGCCCACACACUGUAAGUGAGUCAUAACACUGAGAAUAAAUACCUUGGUUCUGAGGUAGUUGUGCUUCACAUGAUUAUGGUACUUCAUACUUCUACCUCACUACAUUUCCAAAGCAAAUAUGGUAUGUUUACUUCAGUACAUUUAUCUCACAGUACUGUAAAUAAAAUGAUGUAUUGGUUUGAAUGAAAAUGUCCAACAUUGCCUAUAUUAAAUAAUUAAAAAAGAUCCAGCUCAAUCAAAAUGCUACUUACAAGGUAAUACACCUAUAAUAAUGCAAUAACAUGACUUACUGCAAAAUCAGGACAGGACUAUGUUAUUUUGAUACAUUUUGUUGCUACUGCAUCUGUAUUUUUACCUUAGUAAAGUUUUGAAUGCAGGAGAUUCACUUGUAAUGGAGUAUUUUUACUUUGUGGCCACUGCUGCUUUCAUUUAGGUAAAGGUUCUUUUGUUCUGAAUUCUUCUUCCACUAUUACAAUACUUUAUCUGCGUAAUUUUCUUGAAUGUCAAGGUAUCUGUGUAUCUUGCAGUUUACUUCACAAUGUGACCUUUACAUAACAAAGCACUCCUGGCCUUAUAAUAAUGAUUAAAAACCUAACUUGAA